AUGUUCUAAUGGUGAGGGAGCAAUAGUGGGGAGUGUCAGGUAGCGGUGGACUGGGGUUGACCCAGCAGGCCUUGGAGAAGCAUACCUUUUGCCUCAGUCACUCCGCUUCAGAAUGGAGGAACUCCAGUCCAGGUUUUACCUCAGACCGACCCGCUGACUUGGAAGAGUCAGGUGAAGUCUCUUCUUGUGUGUGCGUGACUCCGGGUCCAGCUUCUACAGGUGGUUGUAGUAUUCUCCAGGUUUUUCUGUGUACUCUUCCUACUUUUCCUUGUGUUUUUUUCUCUCCAGCCUUGUGCUCUUGUCUGCUUGAAUUUGAAUAGACUUUAGGAGGCAACGUCUUCAGUAUACAGCAGCACAAAGUCCCAUGCUUUGAAAAACAAAAAUAUGGCGGGAUUGAAGGAUUACGCAGCCACACAGAGGCAAUGCGUGCUGGAUGUAUGCUGAAGCUUUAAGUUUGUACUCGCUGGAACAGUUUUCGCUUCUUGCUGGGAGUUAUUAGUAUGAAAUAAAUAUGCCCUUCCAUCAGAGGAGCAUCGAGCCGCGGCGUGUGAGUCGGUUACCGGCGAGAGAUGGCAGGAGACCGGCGGUGGAUGGAACCGGGAAACGCAAACUGAGGAAACCUGUUUUAUUCUCGUCGCUGGAUGAGGUUACCUGUCACACAUUUACGAACAUAAUUCACCAACUUUCCGACCUUUCUCGACAUGCCAGCGACAUCUUCCUGGGAAUCGAGAUGGAGGCUGGGAUGGUGUUCAGACGGUCCUGCAGAAUUCAGGGGCGACUGCAAGGUCUGCAAUGUGAAGUCCGCAAGUUGGAUCCCAAAAACGUCAAAAUCCCGGUGUCCAACCUGGAUGAGGAGAGCAAGUGGACGGUCCACUACACAGCUCCGUGGCACCAGCAGGAGAAUGUCUUCCUGCCGGGCACCAGGCCACCCUGCGUAGAAGACCUCCACCGCCAGGCCAAAGUCAACCUGAAGACCGCCCUACGAGAAUGUGACAAGCUGAGGAAAGAUGGUUUCCGGAGCUCCCAGUACUACUCUCAGGGUCCCAUCUUUUCUGACCCCAAUCAGUCCACCAGCAGCCUGCAGGAUGAGGAGGAGGAUGAAAAUGAUAAGAAGUCCAUAGCUUCAUCAGCAGAUGAUGACAAGUCCCAGCUCUCCAUGAGGCCCCAAACCCCCUUGGGAGGGAGUGAAGCAGGGGAGGGGUCCGAGGUUGAUGGACAGGUGGUACGGAUCAAGGGCCAUCCCCUCCCCACCCCUGAAGAGAAGAUGAGGCAGACAGCCAAGGCCGUGCCUACAGACAUCGUCGCCAUCAACGUCACAGGGGCAGUGUUUGACCGACAGGCGAGCAUCCGGCGCUCUCUCAUUAACACUGACACCGUGUCCCGCCGGCCCAAGAAGGUCAAACGCAGAAAGACUAUAUCAGGGCUGCCUGACAACAUCAACCUGGAGAUAGCAGCAAAAGGACACAGCGCAGAGAACCGGCCGCAUUCCAUGUUCAUCCCAGGACAGUUCUCCACUUUGGGCAGAGCUGCGAGCGUCAACUCUACACUCCGACGUUCAUAUACGAGAGACUCCAGCUGCCAGACAGAAGAAGUGAAAAUCGUACCUCCAUCCAUGAGAAGAAUCCGAGCUCAGAGAGGACAGGGGAUCGCCGCACAGAUGGCCGGAAUCUCUACUUCUUCCUCUACAGGAAGUAUCUCCAUCUCGAGCAGCGACAGCUCUGGGUUCUUGAUGAUGCAGAAUCAGUUUAACGGUGAUCCUACCCGCUUUCACAGCCUCCCCCGACAGGGCGCCAGAGUGUCCCUCAAUUCUGAUCCCAUCUACAGCAGCACACCCAUCAAGUCAGAGGAGCAUCUCACACAGCCGAGGCAGAUUGGGAAGCUUCAGGCUGAUGAUACAGUGGUUCACAUGAGAAACGCCCCGAGGACCGCCACCCUGCCGAGGCCCAAGUCUCAGGAGGUGAGGGGGACGCAGGCCAGUGAUUGGGGUGGAGGACCAGCUUGUGUUGUCUCCCCACAUGCUGCUUACUCCACCUCGGUUAUCCCGAAUGCCACCAUGUCUGGCUCCUCUGAGGUCAUCACCCUGAACACCUCCAGUCAGCUCACCCACUCCCCGCCUUCAGGUUACCCUGCAGCUCGACCCCUCAGCAUGGCUUCCUCCACCAACACCGACCGCCUCAUGUCCAGUCCAGCAGCCUUCACCCACAGCUCCACCUGCCCCGCUCUGGCCACUUCUACCCCCACCCACGACGGUCAUGUGGUAGUGGCACCUCGAAGCGAGUCUGGUCACUCAGACAGCAGCAUACACAGCCAGAGCACCUUGGCCCCUACGCCGCCAUCCUGCCUGCCGGAGGAGCAGUGGAUCUACGACACACCAGAAAACGUAGUGGUUCCACACCGUACCCUCACCUCCAGCUGCUCCACUCCCAUAAACCAGCUGUAUGCCAGCCUGGACCUUUCAUCCAGGACCACCACUGACUCCAGCUCCAUCUAUUCCCAAGAUAACGAUGGAUACUACACCUCCAUGCACAUGGACUCAGGCCUGCGCUCUCGCAGCCACGGCAGUGGACACGGGGCAGCAGCCGGGCGCGCUACAAGGCACAGCAUGUACGAGUGCCGCGAGCGAGCCAAUCAAGAGGACUCUGUGAGCUUGUACAGUGAUCGCUCUCUGUCCCGCAGCAUCUCCCUCCGCAAGACCAAGAAGCCUCCGCUGCCCCCGGCUCGUACGGACUCUCUGAGGCGCAAACCUGGCGGGAAGAAGCCCCUCGGAGGUGUGAGCGCCGUCAGCGGUGUUAACGAGCCAAACGGAGCCAUGCUGAAUGAGACUCUGAUCGCCAGCUUGCAGCAGAGCCUUCAGCUGGGCCUGAGAGGAGGCAAGGGCAAAGGGGCUUCACCUUCUUCACCCUCUCACAGCCCAAGCAGCGACUAUGAUGACCCUUGGGUGCUGCGGCCGCGCAGUCAGAGCAGCAUCAGUGCAGGUAGCUCUGCAGCGUCUCUAGGAGCCAAUACAAACUGUGGUGGUGUAUCAAAUGUGUACUCCCUGUGCCAUGUGACGCCUACUCACAGCGAGACCAGCAGCCUACGCUCUGACUACGCCGACUCCUGGGGCUACUAUAUGGACUACCCUCGCAACCUCGGUGAUCAGAGGGCACAGACACCCCCGCAUGCUACAGAUAACAUGUCACAUGGGGCUCAAACAGGAGAAUUACAGAAUGGAGGUGAGAUCCGCAGCAGCAGCCAGACUCCUGGAGCUCCAGGUCAGGAGGGAGGGGUGGCAGUGAAGCCUAAAAUGUCCACAUCAUCCCCAGACAGAGUGCACAGGCUGACCUCGCCGUCGAGCGGCUACUCCAGCCAGUCCAAUACCCCCACAGCCGGGACCCCUGUGCCCUCGCUGAUCCGCUCCAUGUCUCCGUCAGGCGGCCGACCGAGGCCCAAAGUCCCUGAGAGGAAGUCCUCCCUUCUCUCCUCUGUGUCCAUGUCCUCUUCCUCCACCUCCCUGUCCUCCAACACCUCAGACUCACUCAAAAGCUCUGGUCCUCCUCCUCCACCGCCUCCACCUCUGAUCCUCUCCUCUUCCUCUGCUCCCAACACCCCUCUGAGCCCACCUCCACCCUUCCCUCCCCCAUUACCCCCAAGUUCCAGCUCAGGCACUCCUCCACCAUCCACUCCACAGGGUCCAACCCUCAGGCCGUCCCCUGCCUGCUCCACCUCCCCUGAGUUCCCUCCUCCUCCAUCUCCUGAUAUGCUAAUCCACCCAAGUUCAUCCUUCAAUGCAAGCUUAAGUCCUCCCCCUCCACCUCCCCCUCCUGUCCCCUCCAUGGGUCCACCUCCUGCUCCUCCACUGCCUGCUUUUGUCCCACCUUCAUACUCUCCAUCUAAAGUGAAGCCAGUCAAGGAUUCUCCUAAAGCAGCUCUCUCCAGCAGCCCAACAAAGUCACCUAAGCCCCUCAUCACCCCGUUUGCGCUGCAGAGCGUUCAGCUCCGAUCCGUCAGACGCCCAGAGGAGGAGAUUAGCAGCAAAUCAGAGCACAGCAGAGCUCAGGAAACAGGCAUGGACCUCCUCCAGGGUCUGAAGCCACAAACCCAGGAGAAGCCUUACCUCCCGCAGCAUCUCACCGUACUCCCCCUGUCUAACUGCUCCCAAGAGGACGACUCACGGAACUCCUCACCGUCGCCCGUGUCAAAGCUCUUGGAAGAUUUUUCUUUUGACUGCAGUCUGACAGAUUACACACCACACAGUGCUCUCAUAAACGGGAAAGAUGAGGAUCAGAGUUACUUUCUCUUCAAUGGUAAAGAAGAGGUUGACGAGCGUAACCCUCCAGAGAGCUCUCAAAGCUCUCCUCUCAAACAAAAACCUCCAGCAGUCUCAAAGAAACCCAAGUUCUCUUUUGUCCCACCGUUUAACUCCCAAACAAUCCACGAGCCAGUUCCAUCUCAACGAGAGGACUCACCCAGCCUGUCUGAGGGAGAAGACCAGGUAGAUGGAGUGCAUAGACACAGGAAGGAAGAGGAGAAAGAGAUACAAAGUGAGCAUGAGGAGAAGGAAGAGGAAGAGAGCACAGAGCCUCUUGAAGAGAGCACAGACGAGCUCCACAUCUAUGCUUCUCACGGACAGGAGACAAGUUUGGACCAUGGGCUGCGCACCAAUGGAGAGACUUAUGAAGAGGAAGAAGAAGAAGAGGAGGAGGAAGAUGGAGAUGGGACAAGCAGCACAACUGGAUCAGUCAGCUCUAAGGAGGACGACAAUGGGAGGGGGCAAGCGUCCCAAGGGAGAUGCUUCUUUCUCUGUAUUCUCAUGUCUUUCUCCCUCCCUUUCUCCUCUCUCCCUCCCCACACAGAGGGGGCAUGGCAGUGGGUGGGUGCAUCUUUUCUAGACAGGUCAAAGCGAAAGGUCCUGGGUCGCAAGGAGUCUGACGAGGACAAAUCUCGGGCUGGGAGCCAGCCGCAGUCUCCACCCGUCACCCCUUCCAACACAUCGCCAACAUCCGUGUCCUCCUCCAGUCCCCGCCAGACCAGCUCCAUCCAGCGGAACCUCCGCAAGUCCUCUACCAGCAGCGACACCUUCAAGGCCCUGCUCCUGAAGAAGGGGAGCCGCUCCGAGACCAGCUUCAGGAUGUCUGCAGCCGAAAUGCUUCGCACAACUGACCCUCGCUCGCAGAGAACGCGCUCCGAGUCAGCGUUAGACGCUUCUGCUGCCUCGCCCUCCUCCCCUACAGCGCCUCUCAGUCCUCUCGCCUCCCCCGGCCGAGGCAAAAGGGCAGCUGAUGAGUGGAACCGCUACGAGGCCUUGUCUCUGUCCUCCCCGACCUCAUCAACGUAUUCGAUGAGCGGGUUCAAGUACGGACGCUCGCGCACGCCACCCUCUGCUGCCAGCAGCAAGUACAACGCUCGCAACCGAAUCCUCAGCAGCCCAAUGACGGUGAUCUGCGAGCGCGAGGGCGAGCUGGCUGAGAGCGAAUACGGAGACAGUGCAGAUGGUCUGUCCGGACCCACCAAUCAGACUCUCCCUGUUCUCCAGGACUCCAAUGGCACUUUAUCUGAAGAGAGCAGAAGUUAGAGAGCAACAACACCCCUGAAAGUCAGGGAGCCGAACACUCAUCAUGAGCAGGUAGGGGCAGGAGGAGCCAAUAUGAGGCCCUCCAUAGACACCUUCCUGAGCUCCACCCCCUCUCAGUGCUGCCUCUGAAGGAGCAGACAUGUCAGGUCCUGAUGUGAGGUCAGAGGACGCCCAAACAUGGACCAGGUUGAACUUAGUCUGAAGUGGGGGGACGAGUUCUGCUGCAGCUUUUUUUUUUUAAACUCCCAUAAUUCUCUUUUUCUCCUUCGUUUGGUGACUCAGCUUUUGUGUUUAAAGGAUAGUGUUUCCUUCCUUUACACCUGGUGUUCUUAGUUUGUUUGCUGUUUUCUUAUUUACUUAAUCUUGUCCCUAACAUGCAGGAACACUUGAGUUCAAGAUGGCAAACUAAGGUGAAUUGAAGGAAUUGAAAAGUUGUUUGCUUAACCUUGCUGCUGUGGUGCUUUGCUAGCUAGGCAGUUGGACAGAGUGAAAAGUAAAAGCUUAGCUUCUCCCUAGCUUCUGCAUCUCUCCCAAUCAUGUGUUUGAGAGCAUUGUGGUUAGCAGGUGUUCGCUUCAAGCAGCCGUUGAAUGUUCUCCCAAGAACAGUGAGAUUGUGGGCUAUAGCUGCAGGAAUCACCAGGGGGUUUGAGCUGCUCAGUUUGCAGAGCUGGUGUGUUCAGUGGUCCAGAGGAAGUGCGGAGGGCUCAGUGCUGCCACAUAGUGAUGGACAAAGAAUGAGCAGCAGACGGGUGUACUAAGUCUCACCCAAAAGAGCAAAUCUAAAGUAUAAAAAGGCUCAAAAAAACCUCCAUAAAUGGAACUUUAGUUGAGAUUUUGCACUGUGCAUAGUUUUUUUUUCAUUGUUUGUGAGUUAGAAAACUAUGUUUUAAAGAUUGUUUAAUAAACAAUGAUGUCAUGACUUGUGUGUUUUGGAGAAUAUAAAUGUAAAGCCAGAAGUGAGUUGAGAAAGGAAAGCUUAAUUCCCUGUCCGGGUCUUUUAGGGAUCGUGUUGGUUACCAAAGAGCUGCUGGCUGUAAAUCUGGAUGUGAACACAAUCUGAGAGAGAGACUGCUUGUCUCACGCGUUAGCUUUGCUCCGUUUGCUGAGACUUACUAGAAGCUUUUUAGGGCUCAUAUGAUUUCUAAAAAGCUGUUGACCUUUCUUUUUUGCAGUUCUACAUUACUUCUGUAUGUAAAUAGAUAGAGAAAGAAGUUUUAAGUAACAUUUUGACUUAUUUUCAAAGACUUUGUACAUUUUUUUAGAGCUCUGUGUUUGUUGGAGGGGGAGUGGUUUCCUUUUUGUAGAUUAUUUAUUUUCACGUAGCAGGCCUGUGACGUGCUGUCACCACCAACCAGCAGGCUGACGGAGACACAUUUACUUUGCUGUACCCACCGGGAUGUUCCAUUCUUCUUAAGGUGCUUCAAAGCAACAACAACAACAAAAAUAAAUGCAAUAAUGUCAAUAUUUAUGCUUAAGCCUUCUACUGCCCUUAAUCUUGAGUCAUGCAAAGCCUCAUCUGUUGCUCGCAGCAGAGUAAAUGUGCCCUCUUUUAGUGUCAUAAACUGAGGUGACAGGCGUGAGACUUCAUAAACACCCUAAGGUUUAAUCACCUGUGACUAAGGUGUGUCUCCUGUGAUUGAGCACCCUGGGGUAGUGGGGGGGCCUCUGGUGAUGGGGAACAUCUCAAUCCUAAAAAAAAGAGCUUGUGAGAAGAUGAGGAGGACAGAAGGAGUCGUGAAGUAGUGGGAGUGGAGCUGAAGGCGGGCUGCUAACGCUCUGUGUAUGUCUGUGAAAUAAAAACAAGGUGAUAUUUAAA